CCGGAAGUGGCUGAUUGGAGGUCAGUCGCCGCGCGCGUGGGUUGCCUGGUCUGUGACGACUCGCUGCCCCUGGGGGUCUGCGGUUGGAUCGGGUCGCGAGAGUCUCGCGCCGGGCCGGCAGCAUGUCCGACAACGAGGACAACUUCGAUGGUGAUGACUUUGACGAUGUGGAGGAAGAUGAAGGGCUAGAUGACUUGGAGAACGCAGAGGAGGAGGGUCAAGAGAAUGUAGAAAUCCUUCCAUCUGGAGAGAGACAGCAGGCAAAUCAGAAGCGAAUCACAACUCCAUACAUGACCAAAUAUGAGCGAGCCAGAGUCCUGGGCACUCGUGCACUCCAGAUAGCGAUGUGUGCUCCAGUCAUGGUAGAGUUGGAAGGAGAGACAGAUCCUCUGCUGAUUGCAAUGAAAGAACUCAACACCUUACAGGAUCUGACCUUCCAGGGAAAAGAACUUUCACUGUAAUUCCGAAUCAUGAGCACCCCACCACUACACCAGAAAUCUGCUAAUGAAACAAAACCAGUGAGUUACUAGCUCUCACCAGCAUGGCACAUCUAAACUCCUAUAGCUUGCUGAGAGGGUGUAGUUACAGCACUGGCAUUUUCGUUUACCACUCUG